ACCUUAACUGGUCACAAAAAUGUUACAUAAAUAUAAUCUCAUAUGUUUUGUAUAAUGAUUAGUUUAAAGCUCGUGCAUAACUUGUGUAAUAGAGCAUAUCGACAGAUUGCUAGACAUAUCGUCUGACUAAGAGCGGAAAAACGUAUCUGACGGCGGGUGGACACGUAAACUACACGCCACCCAGUAUUAUUACUCAAUAUAAUUUGCAUAUCUUCAUCAAGAUGAGAUCGCAUUGGGAAAGCGUGUGAUUUUUGCAUAAUGCGGCAAUGCCGGGAAACGGCAUGAUUUCAUAGAGUAACAGCGAGUAGGGCAGGGCAUCGAGCAGGAGCAGCAACUCUCAAGGCUUUUCGAAAGCCUACUGUGAGUAAAUUAAUAGACGCGGUAGGCCGCAGCAGUAAUAAUGAUCCAUUACCGCCGCACUUCUAUUCGCCAUAAAUCUCGCCCAUCUACCCAACCUGACCACAUGCUGAAUCUAUUGUUCACCCGCACACCUGUAAUAAUUAUUAUGGUAUCGAUCCAGUUCGACCCAAAUUUUCACGAUCAUCGUGAUAGGAAAAACUAGAGGCAAGUUUUGAAUCAAGAAUAAUUUAUGUGAUUGGAGGACUGACGUUUCUGGCAACAUUGAGUACUCUAGGAGUAUCUAAGAGCGCAAUACACACACGGAUCGAAUAUGCGGGCGCGGCGCGGCGCAGCGAGGGAGCGGAGCGCGUAUUCUCCCUGACAGUUUCAUGUCAACAAAUGUCGCGGCCACGGAGUCGCGCCCAGCCAAGCCGCCAGCCAGCUAGCCGCGCGUCGAGAUCCGCCGGCGAGUAUUUGCGAGUCGCACGCAGCUGGACAACGUCAUCGCCGACGAAUCGGCGUGCUUCGCAGUGACGGCAUGAGCUAAAUAUAGCCGGUAUAUAUCUAGGCCGGUCGCGACCGCGAAUUAUCCACAGUCGUGCGCCGGCGGCCGACGGAGAAAGAUCAGAGGAUUACGAAGUGGGAGUGGAACGAAGUGCGUGCACAGUGCGCGGACGGCGCCGGAUACAGGACGCUGCAAAGGUGGAAAGGAAGGGGGAUGGGGAGUAGAAGGCAAUUUUACACCGCGCGACUAGAUUCGGGGUGAGAAAUGCGAGGCACAUGUGUUUCUUUAAGGGGACUUCAUCUCUCGAGAUUUUUCUUCGGGAGAAGAUUAAUUAUCGCUUACCCAUAUACUAAGAGGAGGGAGAAUGUCGGGAUCGAGAUCGAGCAGUGCCAGGAUUCCGAGAAUCAGAUACCAGUUCCCAGAAUCGAGAUGAGAUACACUUUAGAUAAAUGGUGAGAGCCUAGUGUAAGAGCCAUGUACAAUCUGAACGUGAACGUGAAUCCCAGCCCGACCGGGGCUGCGGGUCUUCUUGGUGUCACGGCGGCGGCGGCCGAGGUCACGCCAAGAACACCGGAAAUCGUAAACUCACUGAUCGCCAUGACCAAUCCCUUCGAGGGCUACGGCAGCGGUAACGAAAAGAGCAUGAGGGAUCGCACGGAUUCGACCAGCAGCGGCGAACCGAGCCCGCCCAGCGUCCAGCACACCUGUAGUCAGCUCAUCAAGGAAGGGCUGAAGUUGACGCUACAGACGAAGAGGCGGGCGAACAGUACUACUGAGGAUAGUAAGAAGAAGACGAAGAAGGAGGACGGCAGCGGCGCCGACGACGAAGAAGAGGACGAAGGGAGUAAUAAUAGCGGCAGGAGUGGCUUGACGCCGGAGGACGAGGAACGGCGCCGGCGGCGGCGCGAGCGCAACAAGAUCGCUGCGACCAAGUGCCGGUUGAAGAAGCGCGAGAAAACGGUGAUUCUCGUGCAGGAAUCCGAAAUCCUCGAGACCCAAAACCACGACCUGAAGUCCCAGAUCCAGGAAUUGGAGACGCAGAGGCGUAGGUUGGUUGACAUGCUGAGCCUCCACAGUCCAACCUGUUUGAAGCAGGGCGCGGACGCGACGUCUUAUCAGCAGUUUGCCGAGCCUUUUCAACUACCCAGUUAUCAGGACAAUUUUGUGCAACAGCAAGCACCACCGGCGUUGAAUCAGCCGCAAAACUGCGUGACUGAUUACCCGGUGAAGGUUGAAGGAUACGAGACCGAUUUUUAUCGGCAAAGUAGCCCCUUCAUACCGGCGACGUCGGAUGCCGGUUGCACGGUUUAGCGAAACGGCGAAAAUCGUUUUUCUUCGUCGUCUUGAGGGAGGGAGGAUCGUCGGGAAGCUCGGAGUGCGGAGAUUAAAAUUCUCAAGGUUUGAUGAAGGUUUGGAGUUGGUACUAGAGAUGAUUUCAUCAACGUUAAUUGGUUUUCAUUUUGUCUAAAUAAUACUGAAUUUCUAUGUGAUAUCUAAGAGUAAAACGCUUCCAUAGAUAAAUGACAAAGUUUAAACAGAUGGAAAACUAUAAAAAAAGUUAAUCGACGUUGAUGAAGGCAACUCUUUUUCUGAACAGAAAUUUAAUUUUUACUAUUGUAUUCGCAUAAAUUAAAAAGUCGUUAUAUAAAUUAUCCAAAUUAAAAGCUAUAAAUUUAUGAAAAUUUAUGAAAAA